AUGUCUUCAGUCCAGCGAUUGCGUGCUCGCCAGGCUCAUGCCCCUGGUGCAACUUAUCUUGCCUACACGCCCAACGGCAAGAAACUCAUUACUGCGGGAGUCGACAACUACUGCCGUGUAUUCACCACGGGAUCCGAUGAUGAGCCCGUUACUAUAGACGAGUGUCAGGAGAACAACACGGCCGUCGUCGCUGGCAAUGGCUUCUUUAUCACCGGUUCCGAGGACGGCACAGUGAGUAGAUUCUCCCUUGACAGUGGCAAAUUCGAAGAAAUACUCUUCCGGACUACCCUACCUGUACGAGAUGUAGCCAUUAGUUCGGACGGCAACUGGAUUGCUGUUGCAAGCGAUGAGCUUGUUGUGAACGUUGUAAGCGUAAAGAACAAGUCUAUGCGAACCCUGCGCGACCAGUCUCGAGCCGUGAAACAUGUCUCUUUUGACAAGACCGGAACCCAACUCGCCGUGUCCUGCACCGACGGUCAAGUCUACAUGUAUAACCUGGAUGGAGAUGAGCCUGAGAUGGUCAAGAGGAUAGAAGGGAUGAUUAAGAGUCUGGAAACAGAGUCAGAGUCUAGUUCAAGGGUGUUGUGGCAUCCUGAUGGACGUGCAUUUGCUACACCUACUGCCAUGCGUCAAAUGCAGGUCAUGUCGACGAAUGACUGGGAGAGACAGCGAGUGUUCAAGACGGGCCACUCUGCAGACAUCACGGCUGCAGCAUGGUCACCCAAUGGCGCUCUGUUAGCAACCACAUCGAGCGAUCUCAGUCUCUGCCUAUGGGAUACCAAGACCCAACAGCUACUCCACAAGUUUGACCAUCUCAAGGCGACCAUUCUGGCAAUGGCAUGGCACCCUACGGAAAACAUACUCUCCUACACCAACAACGAAGGCGAACUCUUCAUCCACACAGACAUCGUCCCUGAGGAGCAACUCCCCUUGCUCCAGAAGCCCACCGUCUCAGCACCCUUUUUCCAUGAUCCAUCAGAAGGUCGAGCUGGUGUCCCUCAGCCAGCUAAGCUUACCGCGGGAAAUGUCCAUACCCUCCCUGGACGACCUCGACCAAGAAGCGGGACACCGGAUUCGCUAGAGGACAUUCUAGGCCCCGAGUUCCAGGAUGAUGAAGCACAAGAAGAUGGCGACGAGGAAAUGAACGACUUUGUCAUUGAUGAUGACGGCGCAGGCUAUGCACCUGCCAUCAAUGCGGCAAAGAAGCGUUCGAAUGGACACCUCGCAAAUGGCGUAGAGCCCGCAUCAAAACGACGUGCAUAUAGCUCCGCUCUUUUCCGUCCCCAACUUCAUGAACCCUUCCAGCCGGGUAGCACGCCCUGGCGCGGUAAUCGCCGGCUGCUAUGUUGUUCGUUGGCCGGAUACGUAGAGACGGUCGAGCAAGAAGGCAAUCACCAUACAGUAACCGUGAAGUUCUAUGACGAGCAUACCUUUCGCAAUUUCCACUUCACCGACAUUUUCCUCUACGACAAAGCCUGCCUCAACGAGAAAGGGACGCUAUUCGCCUGUCAACCGAAUAGCACUGGAGAGGGAAACCAAGCCAUGAUCUACUACCGACCGCACGAGACGUGGACAACAAGAACGGAGUGGCGGACCAACCUGCCGACAGGAGAGUCCGUGACAGCAAUUGCCUUGUCUGACUCUUACGUGUGCGUCACAACUUCUACAAACUACGUGCGCAUAUACUCUCUUUUUGGCCUACCCAUCCGCGUGUACCGCCAAAAGAGCUCUCCCGCAGUAACUUGUGCAGCCUGGCGAGACUACAUUCUCACCAUUGGCAACGGACCCAUCCAAAACGACCUUAGCACACAGCUCCUUUACACGAUUGAAAACAUCAAGCACGACAUUGUGUACCAAGACUCCGACAUCCUUGCCCUACCCCCGGGCACCACACUAACUUCAGUCUUCUUCUCGGCAGAAGGCGAUCCAUACAUUUACGAUUCCGACGGCGUCCUCCUAACACUGCUUGGAUGGAGAAACACAGGCCAAGCCCGCUGGGUCCCUAUGCUCGACACGAAGCUCCUCUCGCGCCGCGCCGGCGGCGGAAAAGAAGAAUCGUACUGGCCCGUUGGCGUCGCGUCCUCGCCCUCUGCAGACAACAGCAGCAGCAACGGUAAGUUCCACUGCAUGAUUAUCAAGGGCAGAGAACAAUACCCCAGCGCACCGAUCCCGCAUUUGUCCGAGUUUGGCUUUGAGAUUCCGCUGUCGAGUGCAAUUGACAAGAGCAAGAAGGCGAAGAACCGCAAGGGUGGUGCCAUGUCUGAUGACGAGGACGAUGAUGAAGAAGAUGAAACAACGAAGCCGCAGACGAAUGAAGAUAAGCAGCAGGAACAUGAACAGGCGUUUAUUCUCUCGUCGACAUUGCACUCGCAGUUGUCAUCGACACUGCUUCACACCCGGCCUACACCGUCGCAAAAGGCGGCGCUGAGUGCACUCGAGGUAGCUAUUGAUCGCGCGCUACUGCAGCUACUUGGCUUGGAGUGUCUGGCGGGCGAGGACCACGGUAUGAAGGCUCUGGAGAUUGUAAGCCUAAUGCGGGAUGCCAAUGGCAAAAUGUUGGAUCUGGCAGGCAAGGUUGCUUCACGCUAUGGUCGCGAGGUGCUGGGUGACAAGAUUCGGGAAUUGGCUGAGAAAAAGGCGCUGGCUAGGGACGAUGACGAGGAUGAUUUUUAG